AUGGCGUCCUUCGCACUGCAUUUGCGCCUGCUCUUGGCCUCCCUUUUUGUGAUUGGCAGCUCUGCUCAGACCUUCACCCCCAUCACCCCGCCGUCGUAUCCGCUGGCUGUCAAGAAUCCGUAUCUGUCCGCGUGGCUCCCCGGGAACCAGUCAUCGGAUCUGCCAUCAGCGCAGCCCGAGUUCUGGUACGCCAAUAAGCUGACAUGGGCCAUCAUCGCCCGCGUCGAUGGCACUGCUUACAAUUUGUUCGGUGUGCCUGAUCCCGAGUCUGGCUCGCAGUCGGCUACCGUGGUUGGCGGCAACUUCACCUCCACCCACACCUACUUCACUCUCACGGCCGGCGAUGCCACCAUCACACUUGACUUCUUCUCCCCCGUGUCGCCCACCAACUACCGCCGCCAAUCUAUGCCGUUUUCGUUUCUGACCGUUACGGCCAGCGGCAACGAUGGCGCCACACCGUCUGUUCAGAUCUAUUCCGACAUCGACGACACGUGGACCGGCCAAUCGGAUUCCACCACUUUUACUCAGCAGACGGCCGGCGACACCACCGUAUACCGCAUCAGGAACAACAACCAGGUUACCUAUGGCGAGCUAAACGAGAUGGCCCGGUGGGGCUACUCAGUCUGGGGCGCCAGGGCCGACUCGCAUCAGACUGGCUCUCCUUCCACGGUCCGCGGCCAGUUCAUCGCCAACGGCACGCUGACUAACACCACCGAGGCUUGGUCGGCUGGUGCCGUGGCUGGCUUCGCCUUUGACCUUGGCACUGUCAGCUCGGCAAAGAGCGCCGUGUAUGCUAUUGGCUACAUCCGUGAGCUUGCCAUCAACUACAGGGGCGACCCUUGGACCCCGUUCUACAGAGCCUACAACCCCGACUGGGCCGAUGCCAUCGACCACUUCAUCGACGUCUACGAUGACUGCGUUACCGAGUCCAAGUCGAUCGACUCGCAGGUGCAAAGCGUCGGUGAGGAGUCUGGCGGCUCAAACUACACUGCGAUCCUGGAGAUUUCGGUUCGACAGAUCUACGGCGGUAUCGACAUUGUCAUCGACAACUCGACUUUCGACACGAGCAAGCCAUGGGCCUUCAUCAAGGAGAUCUCGAGCAACGGCAACCUGAACACCGUCGACAUCAUCUUCCCCACGUUCCCUUUCUUCUACAUGUUCAACCCGGAAUUCAUCAAGCUCCUCCUUGACCCCAUGAUGACCUACCUGGCAACCGGUGCCUACCCUCAACCGUACGUCAUCCACGACAUGGGCGCCCACUAUCCAAACUCUACAGGUCACGACGACGGUCUUGAUGAGGCCAUGCCGAUCGAACAAUGUGGCAACCUCCAGAUCUUGGCGCUUGCAUACCAGAAGGCUACCGGGGACACCUCAUGGACGGCCGAAUACGCAGACCUCUUCAAGAAGUAUGCCGAUUACCUUGCCGACAACGGACUGUAUCCAGCCAACCAGCUCAGCACCAACGACGGCAUCGGUGCCUUCACCAACAUGACCAACCUCGGCGUAAAGGCUGCCGUCGGUCUGGCAGCCUACGGCGAGCUGACGUCUCAGUCCAAUUACACCGACCUGGGCCGCUCCUUCGCCGACCAAAUCUACGGCACUAACACGGGCGGCGAUGGGUUGGGCACGGAGAUCUCGGAUUCGACCAACGCCUCGUUCUUCACCCUCACCUACCAAGAUCCGACAUACUUCAUGGUAUUCAACACCUACCCGGACCAGCUCUUCAACCUCUCCGUCUUCCCGGACGAGUCUUACACGGCACUGUCGGACUUUUACCCAACGGUGCGGCAGCCGGCAGGCAUUGCGCUCGAAGGCGCGAUCAAGUGGGCCAAGACCGACUGGCAGAUCUGGGUAGCGGCUGUCAGCGAGGCGGACACGCAGGCCAUGUUCGUGAAUGACCUGUAUGCGUACGUAUCCAACGGGGAGAACACAGCGCCGUUCUCGGAUCGGUACUGGAGCGACGGCGACGAGGUGGGCCUGGCGGCGCAGAGCUUUCGCGCUAGACCGACGCUCGGCGGACACUUUGCCAUCGCUGCGCUCAAGCAGGGCGUGUUGGCAUAG